AAAUUGUUUUGUUAAGUCAUUUGUGAGCAUGACAGGCAACUUGUAGGAAUAAUUUUGAUAUUUGUUUUGCAUUAGCAUUUGUGACAAUCAAAAUUAGAAGCAUUCAGUAUUUUUUUCAAUCUAGAGGUUUUCAGAAAUACCGAUGUAAAAUGGUGGAUUAUUUUGAAGAAAGAGGAAUUAACGCAUUGGAAGAUGCAAGUGCCAGACGAGCACAUUUGGAAAGUCAAAUAAUGAGAUUAAUGGCAGAUUUUAAUCUUUUCGAGGAAUUGGGUAUGCCCAACCAAUUAGCGCCACCAGCAUCCAAGGAAGUGGUUAAUAAUUUAGCAGAGGAGAAAGUAACCAAAGACGAUGGUGGAAAGUGUGAUAUUUGCCUAAAGGAAUAUGAAGCGGAGGAGCUAAUCAAAAUAAUGCCUUGCAAGCAUCGAUUUCAUUCCGAAUGUAUUCACGCCUGGCUGUCCAAAACGAACUCCUGUCCAUUAUGUCGGCACGAAUUACCCACAGAUGAUAAGUUUUAUGAAGACUAUCGUAAGGAGAAAAAAAGGGCAAAAGAACGUGAUGCGGAUAUAGCAAACUUACACAAUUCCAUGUUUAGUUAACUUUUAUAUAUAUCAAAUAGAUACAGUGUUUUCAACCCAUGUCCUAUGGUAUCUAA